AUGGCAUCCAAUCCACCGGCUGCCUGUUGCGCCACUGGCGUUAAACAUGAAGGCGAAGCCAAGGGUCAACUCCAACAAAUUGGCGAUGUCGAGGUCUACAUUUCACGCCCCGAGCGCUCUACCAAGCGUUCCAUCCUGCUGCUUACCGAUGUAAUUGGCCACAGCUUCAUUAAUGCGCAGCUUAUUGCAGACCAGCUAGCGGCAAAUGGCUACCUGGUCGUCAUGCCCGACCUAUUCCACGGUGAUCCGGUGCCAUUGAACAACCGCCCCGCUGGCUUCGACCUGAUGACCUGGCUAAAAGGGCCCCCAGGUCAUCUACCAGACCGCGUAGAACCCGUGGUACGGGCGAUACUAAAGGAAAUGAAGUCUAACAUGGGUUGCGAGCGAGUUGGUGCUGUCGGAUAUUGCUUCGGGGCAAAAUACGCCGUACGACUGCUCCAGCCAGGCCUCUGCGAUGUCGCCUAUGUGGCACACCCCAGUUUUGUCGACGCGGAGGAAUUACAAGCAAUCAAAGGCCCACUGUCCAUCGCUGCGGCUGAAACCGACUCAAUCUUCCCGGCCUCAAAGCGCCAUGAAUCCGAGGAUAUCCUGGCCAGAACUGGCCAGCCGUACCAGAUCAACUUGUUCAGUGGCGUUGAGCAUGGGUUCGCUGUCCGCGCAGAUAUUACUAAGCCGACAAUCCGCUUUGCCAAAGAGUCUGCCUUUUUGCAGGCAGUCGCAUGGUUUGAUCAGUACCUUUAA